AUGACAAUUAAUCCAGGUGUCAAGGCUCUUCUCAGCUGGGUCAACAGCUUAAACCUGGCAGACAGAAAGAUUCAUGUGGAUGAUUUACAAGAUGGGACACUCUUACUUAAAGUUGUUUAUAUGCUGAAAAAGGACCCCAACCCUUGUUUCAGUAAUUGCACAGAGGAUCGGUUCAAGGUCAUUGCUGACUUCGUAGAAAGGGAUUGCAGAUUUAAUGCAGCGAAAGGCGCUUCAUUAUCCUGGAGCAACAUAAGAGAUGGCAUCAACCUAACCGUGGAAAUUGCAAAGGUGCUUUUGUUGUUGGUAUACCAUGACAUGAUGAACGAUAGAUGCGCUCUAAACAAGUUGGAAUGCGACGUGGAGCAAGAGCUUGCAAACCUGACUGGUUGCUAUGUGAUGGAGAGUGACGGCAGUGUUUAUCUGAGCAGUGGGCUUGAUGCCUAUCUAUCAUUGAGACGUUUGUCUGUCAGCUGUGAAAUAUUCGAUCGGCCAGCGUCCACCUCUACCUCCUGUGCGUCUAGCGUCACGUUCUCAGAUGAUGAGUCCCCGAUGUUCUGCCGCACACAGAAAAUCACAUUUAUGGAAAUGCAAACGGUGGCUUCUCCCUCUGUCAGCAAUUCUCCUCUGCAAGAUAUCAUGAACACACCCAAAUUUCAGUUGAGGAAGAUGCAACGACAGAUGAUCAAGGAGAGAGACUACAGAGAUGCGUUAGAGAGGGAGCUGGCUAGCAAGAUGUCACUUGUUACACAGAAAGAAUCCCAAAUUAAUCAGUUGCAGUAUCGUCUGGAUAAGUUGAAAGAAGCGCAAGAUAACAGCGAGCAGGUUGCUAGGGAACAGAUCGAUGACGUUGAGAUCAAGAACAACACGUUGCAAAUGCGUUUUACUGAGAUGCUAAAACAAAAUAAAGACUUCAAGACUAACUCCUCACUUAUGGAGCGCAAAGUGGACGAGUUGACGGAGGAAAAUGGCGUGCUCUCCUCUCAGAUGAGAGCGCUGUGUUCGGAGUUGACCAUCUUUAAGUCUGAAGUUGACAGGCUGACAGAAACCCAAGAAUCUGCUCAGGAGGAGUGGAGAGAAAAAACCGGACACCUACAGUCUGAACUCAACCAAGCAACCGCUCAAAAGGAACUCCUGACUGAACAAAUUCAGAUUCUCCAGGGAAAGAUUUCCUGUUUAGAGGAAGAGAUAAGCAAGGCCUCUGAGGCAGAAGUAGGAGAGAAUAUGGGGCCUGUAAUGGAGAGAGAAAUGUUGGAGAGUGAAAUCAACAGUUUGAAGAAUGACCUGGAGAGCACAAUCGGUUCCCUGGAGAAGGCGGAGGUGGAGAUUCAGUCUAAAACGCAGCAGCUGACAAAGUAUCAACAGGCAAUUACUCAACAGAAAGAACUUCUGGUGCAACAAAAGUCCCAUACGGAGGAAGUUAUUCAAGCCAAGGAUGAAAUUUUGGACAAUUUGCAAAAGGAGAUCACGAAGCAGAGAGCAAUCCUUCAGCAACAGAUCCAGGAUCUCAAGAUUCAACUUGAGCAGGUUGAGCUGCAGAAAACUGAACAGGCAGUCAGGCUACAACAGCAUGUUGCUGCUUGUGAACAAGAAAUUGAAAAACUAAAGGAAAUUAAAAAAGAGAAGGAAGACCUCCUUAACCAGACUGCAGAACGGGUAAACGAUCUUGAGACAAAGUUAUCUGCUGUCACGUCUCUUCUGGCUGAUAAAGACCAACAAAUUGACAGUCUCAGAGAAGAAGUUGAUGUUCUUACAGAUGAAAACCAAAAAACCAAAGAUGAAAUUCAAGCCAAAGAGGAAAUGGUUGCUCAAUUACUUCUGGAGAAAUCUAAUCAGCAAGAGAUGCUUGGGAAUAAAAUCCAGGGUUUAACAGGCCAAGUGGAAGACCUUAGCAUGUCUCUCAAACAAGCUGAACAGGAAAUUCAACUUAAACAUGAUCUUCUGGCUAAAACCCAACAAGAGAAUAUUGAACAAAGGGAGGCUCUCCAACAACAGAUUAUAAUCCGUGAGGAGGAGGCUCGGAAGCUGAAUGCAGAGAUACUGGUAAAGAAUGAGCAGCUGGAUAUCCUGAAGAAUGACAGCUCCAGACAAUCUGAUUUACUGCAGGAGGAGAUCAGAGAUCUAAAAGGGCAAGUAGAAAGUCUGAAGGACUCUCUGACAAAGGCUGAGGAGCAUGUUCAGUCUCAACAGGAGAUUCUUAAGAAGCAGGAGCAGGAAAACGUUCAUCAAAAAGACCUCCUGCAGCAACAACUGUCUGCUUCUGAAGAGAGGCUAAUUGGCAUGAAGGAGGAGAUCCAGACUAAAGAGGAACAGAUUACUUUGUUGAAAAAUCAGUGUUCAGAGCAGUCAGAACUACUGCAGCAAGAGAUCCAAGGUUUGCAGAAAGAGGUGGAGUGUCUUAGUUCCUCACUUAGGAUUGCUGAGGAGAAUUUGCAAUCCAAAGAAAAUGUGUUUUCCAACGAGCAACUACAGAGUACUCAGCAUAUUGAGACGCUCCAGGCGGACAUGGCAGUAUCUCAAGAUGAAGUGAGGAGACUAAAUGCAGAAAUUCAUGCUAAGGAGGAGCAGCUAAGUCUGCAGAAGAAAGAGAGCUCUACACAUUCUGAAACGCUACAGCAGGAGAUCUUGGAUCUGAAUAAACAAAUCAAAAGUAUGAGCGAUUCUCUACAAAUUGUCCAGGAUCAGGCUCGAGCCAAAGAAGAUUCAAUGGCCAAGCAGGAGCAGGAGAGCACUGUGCAGAUCGAGGCUCUUAAAAAUGACAGCGCGGCCCUCGAGGAGCAGGUUAAACUGCUGAGGGAAGAGAUCCAAACUAAAGAGGGACAGGUAAACUUGUUAAAGACGGAUAACUGCAAGCAAUCAGAAGAGCUGCAGAAUGAGAUUCAAAGUCUCACAGACCAGGUCCAAAGUUUGAGUGAAUCCCUGAAGACUGCAACAGAGCAAGUUCAGGCUAAAGAAGAUUUCUUGACCAAGAAAGAAUUGGAGAUCUCUCAGGAAAAAAACAAAUUCCAAAAUGUAAUAGAAGCAUCUGAAGAGGAGAUGAAGGGACUUAGGGAGCAGAUCCAGGCUAAAGAAGAACAGCUCCUCACACUGAAAAAAGAGGGCUCUGUACAGUCGGACAUGCAACAGGAAGAGACCCAAUGUCUGAAAAACCAACUAGAUGGCUUGCGUAUCUCUCUCACAAAAGCAGAGGAGAUGAUUCAGACUCAACAAGCUAAACUUACCAAGCAGGAGCAGGAGAGCACUGUGCAGGUCGAGGUUUUUAGAAAGGACAGUGCUGCACUUGAGGAGCAGGUUAAGCUGCUGAAGGAAGAGAUCCAAACUAAAGAGGGACAGGUUAACUUGUUAAAGACAGAGAGCUGCAAACAAUCAGAAGAGCUGCAGAAUGAGAUUCAAAGUCUCAGAGACCAGGUCCAAAGUUUGAGUGAAUCCCUGAAGACUGCAACAGAGCAAGAUCAGGCUAAAGAAGACCUCUUGGCUAAAAUUGAACUUGAGAUUUCUCAGGAAAAAAAUGCUUUCCAAAACUUAAAAGCAACCUCUGAAGAGGAGAUGAAGGGGCUUAGGGAGCAGAUCCAGGCUAAAGUGGAACAGCUCCUCACACUGAAAAAAGAGGGCUCUGUACAGUCUGACAUGCAACAGCAAGAGAUCCAAUGUCUGAAAAACCAACUGCAUGAAAUGGGUGUCUCUCUCACAAAAACAGAGGAGCAGGUUCAGACUCAGCUAGAGCUUCUACAGCAGCAGCUGGCAGCUUCUGAGGCAGAGGUGAGGAAGAUGAAAGAAGAGAUCCAAGCUAAAGAGGAGCAGAUUAUACUCCUGAAAACUGACAACUCGGAGCAAUCUGAUUUGCUACACCAAGAGAUCCAAAGUUUAAAGAAACAGAUGGAGUCUCUUGAGUCCUCUCUGAGGAAGGCUGAGGAGGAUGUUCAGUCCAAAGAAGAUCUGUUGGCUCAGCAACAGCUGGAGAAUAUUCAACGGGAAGAGACAAUCCAGAGCCUACAGGAGCAAGUACAACAAAACAAGAUUCUGCAGGAACAGAUUGACUUGUGUGAAGAAGAGAUUCAAAAGGUAAAGGACUCUUAUAGUGAGAAGGAAAGUCUCCUCCUGAAGGCUGAAGGCAAGCUUGAAAUUCUCCAGACAGAGUUGUCUGCUGUCAACAUCCUCAUAGCUGAAAAAGAUCAAAACCUCACUUCUCUCAGAGAGGAGGUUGCUGCAAAAGCUAACCUGGUCCAAAAAGCAAAAGAGGAGGCUCAAACCAAAGAGGAGAUGCUGGCAAAGACACAGGAGGAGAGCGCUCAACAGACAGAUGUUCUUCAACAGGACAUCCAGGAUCUGAAAGGGCAGGUGGAAAGCAUUUCUCUCAAACUUGAGACUAAAGAACAGCAGUUACUUGAAACUCAGCAGGGGUCCGCUCAGCAGAUAGAUCUCCUCCACGAGCAGCUCUUCUCAGUGAAUGCAGACCUGAACCAUCACAGAGAGACACAAGCUGCAGCCAUCAGACAGAGCAAAACUGAACAGGAGAUUCAGGUUGUCACUCUGAGAGAAAAGGAGAAUCUCGUCAGAGAAAAAGAGUUACUCAUGGCCAGAAUACUCCAGACAGAAAUGGAUCAGAAAGCUCUGGAAGAAAAAGUUGAAGCCAUGGUCUUUGAGAAGGAGAGACUUGUCAAAAACCAGGAGGUCUUGGAAAGAGAGAACAAAGCCUCUUGUAAAAUGGAAUCUCUGCUUCAGCAGGAGCUUGAAUUAUUUAAAACGGAGAAAAAGAGACUCUUAAAAGAGAAGGAAAAAGCUGAAGAAAGCGGGACGCUAAAGAAGGACCUUCAAGAGCAGCUCUUGGCUAAAUCUGAAGCUGCACAACACUACAAGGCACAGAUGGAGAAGGCGGCGAGUUGUUACAAUGACAAGAAGAAGCUUCUCCAGCAGAGCCAAGGAGAGGUGGAUGGACUCAAGCACUCUUUGGAGGAGAGAGAGCGUGAAGUGAGGGCAAUUACAGUGGAAAACAAGUGUCUUCAAAUGGAUCUGGAAGAGACCAAAGGCAGGGAGAAGACACUUUUGAAAACUCUGGCCAGUUUGGAGGCACAGUUGGCCUUAGCUGACCGUAACCUGCGUGCACAGAACAAGAUUCAUGGUUAUGAAGGACGUGCGUCAGAGUCUCUCUACUUGGAUGUUCCCAACAAACACUCAAGCGUUCACACUAGAGCUCAGGUGAAGAAAUCCAUGAGCUGUGACAGUCUGGAUCAGAGCUCUCUGGAAGACUCUCUGAACAGCACAAGGAAACUUUCAGCACCUGAUGAAUCAAGCACGCCGCUUGUUCGCAGUUCAGAGCGCCUGGCAGCGAAGCGCCGCGGUCUACAUGCUGAGUCUUUGGAAACCCUGUACUUCACCCCUAUUAACACCAGACAGGUUAACAGGUACGUCUCACAGAUGACCGGUACAGAGCACAACAUGGAACUGGAUUCAGCAUUUAAAAACCCAUCUUCAUCUGUCAAACGACGUAGGACCACGCAGGUUAUAAACAUCACCCUGACUAAGAAAACUCCAGGCAGCGGUGAAGGCGACGAGACUUUCUACAGCACGUCCUCUCGCUCCCAGCCGAAUCUCGCUUCACGACCGGUAUCUAUGGAGCUUUUUGACACGCCUGGCAGAAUGACCGAUGCUGGCGGCAACCAGCUCAUGGGUCUACCAGGCUAUCGGCGGAGCACCAUCCAUUCACACACUGCUAGUACAUUCUGCGUGGGGGCAGAGAACGAGCCAGAAGGUGCACCUGAUGACUGGAUGAGGAUUGCUGAGCUCCAGGCAAGGAACAAAGCCUGCCUUCCUCAUCUAAAGAGCAGCUACCCUGUGGAGUCUGAGUAUUGCCGCAACAGUGCAUUCAUUUACUCAGACGAAGAGCUUCGUAACGGUAACCCGUCUGAUACGAUCCGUCGGGCGUCUGCAUUGCCAGGCCAGCUGCAAGACUCUCUCGCCUCUCACCGCCACUCCUUCAUGCCGGGGCAGACGGGUGCCGCUGCCAGUACUCGUGCUCACCGCAUGUCCUUGAUGCCAGGCCAGCUGCCGUCCAAAACUGUCAGCCUCUCUCAGCUGAGAAGCCCGACAGGCAUAAAGCGGUCUGCAUCCACAUUGUCUGUACAUCAAACUUCGCCUGAGAAAAAGGUGAAGGCCAGCUGCUUCCCCCGUCCCCUCACUCCCAAAAACAAGAACGUGAACCCUGUAUCUUCCAAUUAUCAACUUCGCCCUGCCCUCAGCCCAGCUGACCGGAGGCAGUCUAUGAUGUUCAGUAUUGAGAACACCCCUAAAAACAACUACCUAAAGAAAGGUCUGAACAAACUACGCAGCUCCACCCGGAAAUCCCCAGGCACAAAAUCAAGGAAGUCACCCACUCAGUCAGCGCGCAAGGAAAAUGUGCCCUCGGGAAAAUCCCGCACUGGAGUGGGACGAGAGGGCAAAGUUGGUAGCUUUAAGUCACCCCAGGUUUCACUGAAAGCACAGAAGAAGUCUCCUCAAGCCACUAGCAGGUCCGCAAAGCCUCAAGGACUGACGGCUAGCGCUCGCAAGAUGAUGGGCAGGAUGAAGGUGUGAAGUCUGGCUCCCAAAUUGUUCUGAUUCCAGUUCAACCUUAUCCAACUUUUUUUCUUCUUUUUUUCCAACACAAUUCAUUUUUAUUGUUGUUCCUCAGGACAAUUUUUGUCUUAAUCAUCUUUUUUGUUCUUUUCUUAA